AUGUCCGUCUCAACAUCAAGAUCCUACUCGAUCGUCGAGCCCCACCCCUCCGUGUCCAACAACACGCACUACAUCUCAACAGGGCGAGGCGGGUUCGGCAACGCCGUGAGAUCCUCGUCAAGCAGCGCCUCGGCAUGGGGGGUUAGCCACGUCGCAGCCACGGCCGGCGGUCACGCAGCAGCAUCAUCAUCAUCAUCAUCCCGGCUCGGCUCCCAGUCGUCCACGCCAUCCUCAACGACCUCGAGCUCGUCGUCCCGAAGGACCUUCACGACCGGCCGCGGCGGGGCAGGCAACGUAUUCCCCAGCUCGGAGCGCGCCAUUUUCAGUUUCGACGAGGAACUCGAGCAGCAGUUGCGCUGGGAGCGCGACGCCGCUCCCGUGUACCACGUCGGCAGGGGCGGGGCGGGCAAUGUCGGUCACGUUGGUGGUGGUGGCAACAACAACAGCAGCAUCAUGUCCCAUCCCCCUCCACCGGUAGCCAGCUCCAGCAUGGCAAUGAUGAGACGUAGGCCAAGCGAAGAGAGCGCCGUGUCGGCCACCAGCGCGAGCUCGCACGGCAGCGAGUCCGGCGCGGACCAGUUCAAUCGCAGCGUGAAGAACGGGUGGAAGAAGAUCGCCGGCAUGGGCAUGCAUCAUCAUCACCACAUCCAGCACUAG